CGCUUCUCCUUUUCCACUCUUCUUGAUUCUCUCUCACCAGCGACAGCGAGCGCUUGUUCGUCUCUGAGCCCCGAAUACUCGAAAAGGUGGAGAAUCGAGUUCGAGUUCGAGUUCAAAACCCUAGCUGUUCCGUAAUUUGCAACCUUAAGAUUUCUGGUUUCUAUUGGUGGGGAAGAUGGGAUCGGAUGAGGAAGAUUUUGUCUUCUUGGGUACGCCGAUAGAGCGCGAGGAAGAAAUCGCGACGCGGAAGAAAAAAGCGAUCGCUGAGGCUUCGGGGAGCAUGAGAGCUCUACCUGCGUGGAAGCAAGAGGUUAGAGAUGAAGACGGCCUGAGAAGAUUUCAUGGGGCAUUUACUGGAGGAUUUUCUGCUGGGUAUUACAAUACAGUUGGAUCAAAAGAGGGGUGGACUCCGCAAUCAUUUACAUCGUCAAGGAAGAACAGGGCUGGAGUGAGAAACCAGAGUAUUUCUGACUUUCUUGACGAAGAUGAAAGAGCUGAUUUGGAGGGUCAAUCAUUGUCAACAAGCUCUCAAUUUGAUACGUUCGGAUUCACAGCUGCUGAAUAUUCUCGCAAGCAAGCUGAGAAAGAACAACAUCAGAGGCCAUCAAUCAUUCCUGGCCCUGUACCUGAUGAACUCGUUAUUCCAGUCUCUGAGUCAAUUGGUGUCAAUCUAUUGCUAAAGAUGGGAUGGCGACGCGGUCAUUCGAUAAAGAAUUUGCGUGCUAGUUCAGAUGCUCGUAGAGAAGCUAGGAAAGCUUUCUUAGCCUUCUCUACCAACGAAAAAAGUGAGACUACUGGCUCACAGUUCUCCGAGUCUGAAGUGGCAACUUCUCUUGAACCAAAUGAUGAUAUCCGAUUUUCUGAAAGCACUCCUGUAUAUUUGCUCAAUCCAAAGCAGGACUUGUAUGGUUUAGGUUACGAUCCUUUUAAGCAUGCUCCCGAAUUUAGAGAAAAGAAAAGAUCUCGUAUGUCUGCUAGUAAGGAGCUUGGCCACAGAAAACCUUUGUCAAUGAAGGAAAGCCUUUUUGGAUCCAAAUCAGGAAAAAUUGCUCCGGGUUUUGGAAUCGGAGCGCUUGAGGAGCUUGAUAUCGAGGACGAAGAUAUCUAUGCUGGUAUUGAUUUCGAGGAGACGUAUGUGGAAGAAGAGGAGGGGCCGUCAAGACAUAGCACUGAAAAUAGGCUGAGGUUAACUUCAAAAGAGCAUGAUGCCCUGCCAGGUUUCAGAGUUGCUUCGAGUUCCGACUACAUUGUGGAGAGAUUUGAUCCUCCCAAAAUUCCCAAGGACUAUGUGCCUCGCCAUAAAUUUCAUGGUCCUCUUGAGACCGACAUUAAAGCAGCUCUUUCUGCUCCUCCUGCUGUUCCUCCUCCUGAAGAUAAUAAUUUGAAACUCUUGAUCGAGGGGUUCGCAACUCUUGUUUCCCGUUGUGGGAAACUUUUCGAGGAUCUUUCUAGUGAGAAGAACCGAUCGAAUCCAUUGUUUGAUUUUCUACGGGGAGGAAAUGGUCAUGACUACUAUGCAAGAAGGCUGUGGGAGGAGCAUCAAAAGCGUAGCGCUGGAAAUAAGCUGCCAUUGGACGGCAAGUCAUCUCAGAGUAUGCAGAAAAUUACCGCUGAGACACGUGGUAGAAUACUAGGGGAAAAGCCUUUGGAGAGAAGAAGUUCGAGAGAUGCAAGUGCCUUUGCUUCUUCAGGAGGAGGUUCCUUCAAAUUCCCGUCGAACCUCUCCGACACAUUUACCAAACCAGAGUCUUCUCAAGAGGCUGUGGAAGCCGUGAAACCCUUUAAAGAUGAUCCUGCAAAACAAGAAAGAUUUGAGCAGUUUCUCAAGGAGAAGUACCAAGGAGGCCUGCGUUCAACAGAUUCCAGCAGAGUCAACAGUAUGUCAGAUGCUGCUCGGGCCCUUGAAAGAUUGGAUUUUGAGGCUGCAGCAGAGGCACUUGAGAAAGGGAAGGUAUACAAACCUGCUACCGAACGACCGCUCGACUUUCUGGCUGGAGCGCUUCAGUUCACUUCUGGUGGGGUCGAGAGAGGUAAAGAUGCUGAGACUGAUGAUACAAAGUUAAAGAAGAUGUACCCCAAAAGAGAAGAGUUCCACUGGCGUCCGGCACCUCUUUUGUGCAAACGUUUUGAUCUCCCCGAUCCUUACAUGGGAAAGCCGCCACCUGCUCCACGACCGAAAAGCAAAAUGGAAUCUCUGGUUUUCUUACCGGAUAAUGUGAAGGCUGAAUCUAGUUUGGGAGAAAGCCUUUAUGGGCACCACCAAGCCCCCAAUGUGAAAGAAUCAAACAGAGGCUCGGCUGCUAAAGAACCCGAAAUUGAGGUGGAAGUGGAAAAUGUGGAGAGACCUGUCGACCUCUACAAGGCCAUUUUCUCCGAUGAUUCUGAAGAUGAAGAAGAAGCUAAAGCAGAAGCAGCAGAAAUGAGUACAAAGAGGCAAGAGGAGAAGGAGAAGAAUAAUGAAGCAGCGGCCAAGACAUUGAACCGUCUAAUUGCGGGCGACUUUCUAGAAUCAUUAGGUAAAGAGCUAGGUCUUGAAGUUCCCCCUGAUGCUGCUACAGCAUUCCCAGAAAGAUCAAAUCCUGCCAAGCAAAUGGUGGAAGAAGAAAAGACCUGGAAGGGUAAACCAGAGGGAGUACAAUCGUUUGAGAACCAAAAUGAUAACCCCAGGUUGAGAAAAACGUCGGAAGAAGAAGACGGGGUAGCGCAUGAAGAAGAACAAAAGAGAAGGAACAGGAGAGAGAAAUCUCGAGAUAGGUGGAGCAGUGAAACUUCAGGGGAAGAAAGGAGGAGACGGAGAAGGAGAAAGCGUUCGAAACGGGAUAGCAGCAGUGGUUCGGAGAGUGAAGAAGAUUCGAGCGACGAUUACAGCAGUCGGGAUAGACACAGAGCAAGAUCAAGAAGAAAGAGGCGGGAUAAGAAGAAGCAUUCAAAGCAUCACCUUAGCAGCAAGAAAUCUUCUUCUUCUUCUUCACGGCAUUACCAUUAGCCCGUUUGAAGAAAAUGUAUCGAGUUUGCAAACACAGAGAAGCGGUGAAAGCUAUGACUCAACAAAUUCAGGCCGGAGUGCCCUUCUCAACAAGAGCUAUAGCUUUUAAGUUUUUGUUUUUAAGAUUUCGAGUCUUUUUUAAAUUGAAGUAAGAAAAAAUGUCCGACUGGUUGGAUACUACGGAUUAAUCUUUUAGGGUUGGAAUGAUUUCGAUACUAAAUUUUAAGAUUUGGUCCAUGUGAGCUUUCGGUUU